UAGUGCCAAGAUGAUGAUUUUUGUGACUCAGAUGUUCGGUACGUUUUGAAAUAUCAAGUUGAGCCACCAAUAUUUUUCAAGUUGGUUUUGAACCAUUAUGAAUAGCUGGUUCUUAUUACGAAUUAGCGGCCUGGCAUCAAAUAACAGUUACUAAAUCUGUCUUGCAUGGUAGUUUUGUUUUUUUUUUCCCGCCUUCCUUUUCUUUUUCCUCUUUUUUUCUUUUCUAUUUCCCUACAUGUUAGCUUGGUUAUUUUUGUAAAGUAGUUGCAAAACUGGUUUCACCACCCAAAAUGUAAGAGAUCACUUGUUUCUGCGGAAAGAAGACGAUGCACUUCUUCGUUAAACGUUGGUCUGGGCCUCUCUCUUAAGUAAAUUUUAUUUAAGUGAAAGAAUGAUUGGAGCAAGAUAAGGCAGUAUUAAAUUCUUGACCUAAAAUGUAAAUGGACUUCUAAGUGAACCCCGCCCCACCCCCAUGCCCACGUCUCUUCCUCCAGACUUCUUGAAGUGCAUGACAGGUCCAAAGCAUGAAACACAGAGGAAAAUGUUGAUGACCUCUGUACGUUUGAAUAAGUCCUCUUGUGCUGUCAAAAUGUUAUUGUAACUGUAUAAUGGAUUUAUAACCUUCAUUUUGCCUUUUGUAAAAAUAGGCUGGAGCUAUUUUUAGCGUUUCUCUUAUCCACGCUAGAUCAGGAUGAGGAGUCUGUGUAAACAGAUGAAAGUGAUUUCUUUGUUCUGCUCGGGAUUGUGGGAUUGUGUGACUUCUGAAAAGUUAGUAGCUGGGUUCACCCACCCCUGGGUUAAUCUUAUUCAUUGGGCUCCAGUCCCUGCUGCAGACGUUGCUGGCAACACAGUGCGAGCUGUUGAUCCUCAUCCUUGGGGACCUGGUAUUUAAAACCACUCUGGAAGACAACUGCAGAUGAAAAUGAAUUCAGUGGCCGAAGCAUGCUGUUGGAGCAUGCUAAACUCUGUGGGGUGGCCUGGCCUAUUUUUCUGUUCUGUGAUAAGGUGAGAUGUAGUGCAGUGUUGGAACAGCCUGAGCACUUCAUCUUUGACAAUGAGUAAAGCAAACAGGUGGGUUCCUACAUUUAGCUUGCGGACAGACACAGUGGGAUCAGCCCUAACCUUUGUCUUCACUGUGUUCCCAGCAAACUAUUCCAUUCAGUCCCUUUCUGUAAUCAAAUGUAAGUUUGCUGAUGAAAUGUCAACCCUACAAUAUUUUGUUGCCUUAAUAAUAAAAAUAACAAAAUAUAUUUCCUCUAAAAUACACCUUUUAAUGGAGAAAAUAAUCAUAUGAUCUCAGAGUCUUGCUCCCCAUUUUCUUAGAUGGAUGUGUGUAACAGGACCAGUGAUGAAGUGUUUGUAUCACAGCAGAGGCUACUUUUCAAAAAGUUUUUUGUUCUGAAUCCUAUACACUGUCCUGCACUACCUGCAGCAGGUCAUAGCGGGUGGUUGGUAGAAGGUGUGCUUGCAUGUCUUAGGAUAUUAGUUUAAUGCCUCUGUGCUGUUCUAAUCUGGGUCAACUACAGAAUCAAAGCUCGUAGGUUUGGUUCUCAUGGAUGUUUAAGACUGAGACUAAGGUACCAGGGUUCCUGCAUGGGAACCAUGAGUUACAGUUUUAGAGGAAAAAGAAAAAAAAGCAAUAACGUUUUGCUUUUAAUAGUCAGGAAAACAUGCAUCAGUUCAUGCAAGAAAAUGGAGUAAUUUCUAUAGUAAUGAAAGGCCCUACCAUUUGCAGAAUACCCGGGACCAAGAUUUUGGGCUCCAAUGGGCACGUUUGCUGAGGAAAUAGGUGAAAAGCGUAAGAGUGAACCUUGUCUUUUCUUUGGGGUGAUUAUUUCUCAUGGUCCUUCUUUUCUAGACACCACAGUGUUUGUGCACCAUCUUGUCUUCCUCUUCACAGUAUGCUGAAAAAACCCAGAUUGCAAUUCUGUGUUUUUAAGAAAGAAUUUCUACGGGGAGCACCACGUACUCCUUAAGGGCUGACAAUAUAUUCAACACCUAUUUGAAUGCCGACAUCUACUGUUGAAAAUAUGGGUGCCUAACUUCUUUCAUCCUACUCAAACCUGCUCCCACAGGAUGUUGACCUGAAAGCAUGUCAGAAAGCUUUGGAUGACUGCUGUCCUCACCAAGGAGAUGAUCAGCUGCAACUGCAAGAGGAGAAGGAGGAGGAAGACAUAAAUGAAAGCAACCACAAUAAUGUAGAUUCCCUUCUCUCCUUAGAGGGCUAUUUACAGCUUCUGUCAUCGCAGAUGGAAAACGUGCUAGAGGGCUUAAUUGAAAAUAUCAGUUCUCUCUCUCAGAUUACAGAUGGUCUAGUACAAGGUAACUCCCUAGGAGAAAUAAGCCAAGACUUUCUUCUGUUACCUGAGCUCCCGGCGAGUUUACUGGAAGAUAAACAAGUUGCUACUUCUAGUAGAGGCCAAGACCCAUCAUCCUCACACCACAAUAUAAGUUUUACCCAGACACUUUACCACUGUUUUGGUCCUCCUGAUGCCAUGCUACUAAGAACAGACUACCCCACUCGAUCAAAUUCGGAAACAAGACAUUUACAAAGGCAAGCGUCUUUUCCUCAGACAAGCUCUGAUAUCUCAAAUCCAGAAUCACUACCUCAUGGGUUAAAUUUGACAGGGCUGUUUUCAGCUGCCGACAUUAGAAACCUAACGGCCCAUGAUGAUAAUUUUGAUGAAAGUAAACUAAUGUCUUUGGCUUUGGAGGAAGGCUUUGAUCCUAUAGAUGUUUCUCAGCUCUUUGAAGAACCUGGCUCAGAUUUGGGACUGUCUUUGAAUUCAAGUCACAGCACCGCCUCUGACUUAGUCUGCAGUGAAGGUGCUGUUGGGUACAGCAGUGAUGUUAAAUCUGUUUCUUUGCAUGGCUUAGGAGCUGUUGGUGGCCGUAGCCAAGAACACAGUAAAUAUGGCCAUGUGGAAUAUCCAGGUGAUUCAGAGUGUUCUAGAGAAGCCACAUUUCAGCAGUUUCUUCAUAAUCACACUUAUAAUCAGCUGCCAAGUCAAACAGCAGCCACUCUGGAGCAUCAGCAGCAGCCGUGGAUAGAGAAACCAAAUGAAGUAAAGGAUAGGUGCCAUAAUACUAUCGAUACAGACCUUAGCAGCAAUGAAUGCGGUGCAAAAGCUCUGAGAAUACCAUUCUCAGUAGACGAAAUUGUGAGCAUGCCCGUUGACUCUUUCAACACCAUGCUAGCAAAGAACCAUCUAACAGAUACUCAGGUAUCACUUCUACGUGACAUCAGACGAAGAGGAAAAAACAAAGUUGCUGCCCAGAAUUGUCGUAAACGUAAACUGAAUGCAAUUCUUGACUUGGAAGAAGAUGUAAGUAAUCUUCAAACACAAAAGGAGAGCCUUAAAAAGGAGCACUCUCAGUGUAGCAGAUCAAUCAGCCGGAUGAAGCAAAAGUUAAACAACUUGUACCGUGACAUUUUCAGUAGAUUGAGGGAUAACCACGGUAGACCUGUUAACCCAUACCAGUAUAUCAUUCAUUGCAGUAGCGAUGGAGGUGUUUUCAUAAUACCCAAACACUUGGUCAAAUCAGAACAGAAACAAGACGACAAAAAAGAGCAGAAACAAAAAUGAGAUGGCUGAAGAUCACGUACAUUUUAUUUUUUCUGAAAGAAUAUUUGCAUGAAGACUGGAGGCCAGCAAUUACAGUAGUACAAACAGAAAAGACUACAUUUGAGGAGGAAGACUGCAUCAGUUCAAGGGUCUGGCAAACCCAGCCUACUGCGAUCUGUUAGAGAGUCUACCAGCUGAGGCUUCUGAAUGAGGAAAUCUGUUUAGUUUUAAUUAGAAUUAAAGGAGCUAGGCCAUCAGCAUAAGCGUAGUUAUACAGGCCUAUGUAAAACUAUGAGUUUAGUUUCUGGUGAUGGGGGAGGGGGAAGAACAUCAGUGGGGCAAAAAAGCAAGUUUUAGAUCAAAGUUACACAUGGAAGAAAAAUGUUUUAGUCUUGAGUGCUGCUUGAUUCUUCAGACGCAAAGUGACCUUAUUAUUCUUUUUUAGCACUGAAAGAAAAAUUGUAGCUCAAGUUCAUCUUCACCUUAAAUUCACUGUGGAUUUAUAUAUUCCUAAGAGCUACUCUGUGUUUUGCAUUUGUUCAGAACUCUUCUGCUUUUCCUAGUUUUCCUUUGAGGAGAGGCACCCAGGAGGCUAUUGCAUUUUUCCUCACUCCUUUCACCAUCCAAACAAACAUAAUGUACCAAUUAAUUUUACCACUCAUAAGGUCAAUCUGCAAAUAGAUUCUGAAAAAUAAUUAGGAUGUGAUUCAAUAUUAUCUUACCUUCAUCCUCUGCAACUGAAUUAUUCUCAACUUCUUCCAUGAAAAUGAGUGAUGGUGAAUGAGUUCCUGUUGCUUCCUAGUCUGUGAUCUAUUUACUUGUGUAUGUUCCCUUUCUCCCCUGUUUGGAGAUCUUCCUCAAGAACUGCUAGAGGUUUUUUUAGCUUUUUAAAACUGGUAUUUUUAAAGUAUCUUCAACGUAACGUUAUGGAUUUAAGUAUUUUUUUUUUUUUAGAUUUUCCCCAAAUCUUUACAGUAAUUAUCUGUACUUGUCAUAAUGAAGUUACACUCUGACGGUGGCUUUGAAUAAAGAGAAGAGCUUUUGGUUUUGA